AUGGCCGUGAUCUCGCUGCUAUGGAUGCCCAGGCUUGCAGACACCAAGGGCGUGAAGCUAUGCAUCCUGAUCUCCGUCUUCGGAACCGCCAUCGCCUACGGACUCCAGGGGAACGCUUAUCUCUUUAGCGGCUGCGAGCGGCAGCUGCAUUCCAUGCGGCCUGGAGAUUCGAUGAACCUUUGGGAGGGGCACGAGUGCAUCGUGGUGAACGGGACCGUCGGCAUUGUAGAGAGCAUUGGAAACAGCUCAGAAGUGGGCCUUGCGACAGCCUUGGGCUCUGGAGGAGUGCUCGAGUGCACGGAGGACUGUGGCAACAAGGCUGGUGUUUAUGUGAUGAUGGCGGGCCGGGCCUUGGCCGGCUUCUUUGGCGGCACGCAGCCCGUUUUGCGGGCCUACGUCACGCAAAUCUCCCUCCCGAACAUGGCGCUUGUGAAGCUUCGCAGCACGGUCCUCUUCGCAUCCAUGCAGGCUGGGAACUUCGCCCUUGCUCCCAUUGCCGGCGUCAUCAGUCGCUUUGGCUUACAUUGGCCGUGGUACGUCUCCACUGGCGUGGCGGUCUUGUGCUUGGUCUUCGUGACCGCUUUCUUCAAGAACAAGGAGGACAUAGUCAUGCAAUCGAAGAAGAAGGUCGACGCGGAGGAAGGUGAGCAGGUAGCGGAGCCCGUGGCGGCAGCGCCCACGGUGACGCCUCAUGUCGGCCCACCACCCAUCAAGGAUAAGAUCCUCUUGCUGAUGCUGCUGGCUUACUGGUGUGUCUUUCAGUGCGUCGCCGCUUUGAUACUGUUGUUGCCUUUGCUCCUGGAGUACGAGAGCUUCGGUCUCAUGGACCCAACCUCUCUGGAGAAGUCGCGCGAGAGUUUGGCAGCAGCAACAUCCAUGGUAAUGGUACCGCACGGGGUCGCGAACUUCGCGAUGUCCACCGUCGGCUUCCUCAUCCUCUCCUCCAAAAUCGGCGACCGCGCCACCAUGCGGGUCGGCGCGACGCUGGCUGCCGUGCUGCUUUGCUUCUAUGGCUAUGCCUCGAGCGAGCUGUGGCACCUCCUCGUGCUGCACGGCUUCGUCGGGGUCGGCUUGGGCCUGAUGGUACCGGCCAUCGCACCGACGCUGCAGCGCUACAACACGCUGGCGCAUCCAGAGAAGACCUCACAAGCCGCCGCCCUGCCCCUGUUCGGUAUGCAGCUGGGCCAGAUCUUCGGGCCGCUGCUCUUCGGUCUGAUCACGGGAGACACGCAGGAUCGUAGUCGGAUGAACCUGGCCUGGCUCGUGGCAGGGCUCAGCUUCCUCACGGGCAUGUUGCUGAUGGACUUUUGCUUCACUCUCAUCUCGCGACAUCCCGUCAUGCGGAAGCUGACAUAUACGCCGGAGCAGAUCAAGACGAUGCUUGAGACCAACGCGCAGGAGGAGGAAGUCUUCGUCGACGACAUGUGCAAGCUGCUGCGUGGAAUGCUGACGCAGGGCAGCCCAGAGUACAGAGGGAUCAAACUGUGGUCUGGCGUCGCGCAGAGGUUCGUGGCGCGAGUUCUCCGAGAGACCAUCCCAAAGAUGCGCGAGGAUCCCGAAGAGCACCUGGAGGACGUGGCUGCAUGGAUCGCCAAAGUUGGCACAGAUGCAGACUUGGACUACUUCCAUGCCAAGUUCCCUCAUAUCCCACGGCACAGAAGGUGGCAAAGCGAUGCCUACGUGGGAGAGCAGCAAUUCAACGACGUCGCCCGUGCGACGUCGGGCCCAUCCGUGACGGCAGCAAAGUGA